AUUAUUUUGUUUUCUCUUAAUCUUGCAGCUGAUUGCAAUGCCGUUCUUAAAGCUCUACAGCCCAUUUUUCAGGAGCAGGGAAUGACAGAAACAGUUCAUAACUGGGAAGACCAUGGUUAUUUAGCAACCUACAUCAAAAAAAAUGGUAGUUUUGCCAAUUUGAGAAUUCACCCUCAUGGAUUAGUGUUGGUGGAUCUGCAGAGCUACAAUGAUCAUACGAAAGGAAGAGAGGAAGUUGAUCAGCUUCUAAACAAAGUAGAAGAAAGAAUGAAAGAAUUUUUUCAUGGUAAUAUAAAAAGGGUGAAACGAUUGCCAGCCAUUUUGAGAGGAGGUGUCAUUGAUAGAUACUGGCCCACAGCUGAUGGGCGCCUGGUGGAGUACGACAUAGAUGAAGUUGUUUAUGAUGAAGAUUCACCUUUUCAGAAUAUUAAAAUUCUGCAUUCAAAACAGUUUGGGAAUAUUCUUAUCCUCAGUGGCGAUGUUAAUCUGGCAGAAAGUGACCUGGCAUAUACUAAAGCCAUAAUGGGCAGUGGAAAGGAAGACUACACUGGGAAAGAAGUGCUAAUCCUAGGAGGUGGUGAUGGAGGUAUACUAUAUGAGAUAGUCAAACUGAAACCAAAGAUGGUUACUAUGGUAGAGAUUGACCAAAUGGUGAUCGACGGGUGUAAAAAAUACAUGCGUAAAACAUGCGGAGAUGUCUUAGACAAUCUGAAAGGAGAGUGCUAUCAGGUUCUAAUUGAAGACUGUAUUCCUGUACUGAAGAGGUACGCCAAAGAAGGAAGGAUGUUUGAUUAUGUAAUUAAUGAUCUGACGGCUGUUCCAAUCUCCACAUCUCCAGAAGAAGAUUCCACAUGGGAAUUUCUGCGGUUGAUUCUUGACCUCUCAAUGAAAGUCCUCAAACAAGAUGGAAAAUACUUCACACAGGGAAACUGUAUCAAUCUGACCGAUGCCUUGACUUUGUAUGAAGAACAGCUUAGCAGGCUUUAUUGUCCUGUGGAGUUUUCAAAAGAAACUGUGUGUGUUCCCUCCUACAUGGAAUUAUGGGUAUUCUACACUAUUUGGAAGAAACAAACUGACGUCUGAACAUCAAGAUUAUUUGAGAUUAUCCUAAAUGUACAUGCUGCAUGGAGCAUAUAGGCCUGCCACAUGCUGCAUAUUGGCAUCUUGAACCUUUAAAUUAUAUGCUGUAGAUGAUCCUGAAACUUAGUCAUGCUAUUGAUUGUGAAUUCUUUAAAUGUUUUUUAUUAUUAUUUUAAUUUAAAAGGAAAUGGAAAAUGUAUAUUUUGAUGAGCUAGGGUGUUAUUUUUGAAAGUCAACUUAAAGAUGAAUAAGCAGCAAAACUAUAUAGCUGCUGAAUGCACUGAACCUUUAGAAUGUGAUCCUUUUUAUUUUUUGUAGAUCUUCACAAACUGAUUGAUUAAAAAAAGACAUGUUUAGCAUUUCAUCCCUAAAGGGUGGUCCAUGGAGUUUGUUUUGGGUGUUUUUUGUUUUUCCAACAGAUUUUCUGUGGUGCUUUUUAAGGAUGGAGGGUUUUUUGUUUGAUUUUUUUUUUUAAAUGAACACCGCAGUGCUUCCAUAUAGAAAAAAAGGGCAUAACUAUUAAAAAAAAAAAAGG